ACCUUAUGACUUGUUUGGUGCCAAGUUUCUACACUGUCGUGCUGACACACUCAAUCCUCCUUUAUAUUUGCCUUGAUUUUGAAGCACACUUGGCCACAAAACAGUUCUCCCUUCUCUGUCUCUCUUGAUUGCAAGAAGAAGCCUAGCAAGUCUUAUUUGGGUUGAUUGAGAAAGGAGGUCAGAAUGGGUUAUUGGAAAUCAAAGGUUCUUCCAAAGAUCAAGAAAGUUUUUGACAAAAAUGGUCCUAAGAAGGCUGCUGCUGCUGAAGCUUGCAAGUCCUUCGAUGACUCUAAGGAAGAAUACACGAAAGAGUUUGAAGAGAAGAAGACUGAGCUCCAGCCUAAAGUUGUUGAAAUCUAUGAGGCUUCAUCAGCUGAGAUCAAGGCUUUGGUUAAGGAACCCAAGGAUGCGGGUCUAAAGACGCACUCAGCUGGAGUUCAGAAGUUCCUUGAUGAGCUUGUUAAAAUAGAGUUUCCGGGAUCGAAGCCAGUUUGCGAAGCAGCUUCAACUUUGGGGCCAACAUUGGUUCCAGGACCAAUCUUCUUUGUAUUUGAGAAGGUAUCAACAUUUAUAGUCAUUGAGGAGAAAGCGGUGGAGCCACCAGCAGAAACCUCUACUGCAGCAGAAGGCAAAGAGAAGGAGGUAGUGGUUGAAGAGGAAAAGAAAGAAGAGGUUGUGGUUGUGGUGGCUGAGGCUAAACCAGCAGUGGCAGAGCCAGCUCCGGUCACCACAGAGCCACCAAAGGUGGAAGAACCAGCGGUGGCAGAGCCACCGAAGCCAUGAUCACAUGAACAAGGAUGGAACUAUAUUAUUUCAGAUUAAGGAGGAAAAGAAAUUUGAUUUGUUAUUCUUUGUUCUUUUACCUUUAUUUCAGUGUAAUUUGUGAUAUAAACUGUUUUGAUUUGGUUUUUGAAAGGUGUCAUGUUCAUUUUGUAUUUAUUGGUUUUGUGAAUUUGUAAUAUUUUUUACAGUUCCAUAGAGUCCUCAGUUUUCCCUCUC